AUGUUUUCAAAGACGGACCGGAAACAGCGUGGUGAUAUUGAAGAAGAUCAAGAUCUGUUGAACUUAAAAAAAUAUCUAUCACCAAACAUCAUAGUAUCAUCCACAAAGAAGAGAAAAUGUUAAGAAAUGCCUCUGCCCAGAUACUUAAACAGUUUGUCAGACAAAGGACUACAGAUACAAGUUUGAUCCUGGAGAGAUCUAUUAACAGGGUGCAGUUACUUGGACGGGUGGGACAAGACCCCGUUAUGAGACAGGUGGAGGGCAGAAACCCUGUCACCAUCUUCUCCAUGGCAACAAAUGAGAUGUGGCGGUCUGGGGAGGGAGAACCUACAAAUACAGGAGAUGUCAGCCAAAAAACAACAUGGCACAGAAUUUCAGUAUUCAAACCAGGCCUCAGAGAUGUAGCAUAUCAGUAUGUAAAGAAAGGGUCUCGAAUUCUUGUCGAAGGAAAAUUGGACUAUGGGGAGUACAUGGAUAAAAAUAAUAUUAGGCGACAAGCAACCACUAUUAUCGCAGAUAAUAUUGUCUUCUUAAGUGAAAAUCUGCGAGACCAGUAGUGAAGAAGCUUUCCCAGACUUUAGAAAACCAAAAGAAGAUGGAAGAUAUUUUGUAUAGUGUUACUCUGCUCACUGACAUUAAUCUCUAGAGUAAUUUUGUGCCUGCCCGAACAGUCAUACAUAAACAAAAGAAGGAAUGUUGUUGGUAUGAUUGUGACAUUCUGUCUUGUUCCAGACAGGGGGUGCCAACAGAAUGCACUUUGAUAUGUAAACACAUGCGUUUCAGCCCCAUAAACUGGAUUUGACUCUCCUCUGUAAAAAAUGCUACAUUUUCUCUUUUUUUGAUAACUUUUAAAACAUAAAAGAUAUGUCGGAAACCAUAACAUAUGAUUCUGUUAAUCCAAAUCUCUUGCCAUUUGUUGUACUACCAUGUUUAUUUCCAUAAACGUAUACAGUUCUUUGUCAGUAAAAAAUGUAAUACACCUACUCAUGACUACCAUGUCCAGAUUGUGUCACUCACUUCAAAU